AUGUGGAGCUCUGGUGCGCAGAGUGCGGUGCAGUACCAACAGCAUCCUGAAACUAAUCGCGAGCAGGCUGGACUGCACAUAUUUUUAAAGGCAGACACAAAAGGUCCGGCCACUGUUAAAGGUAGAAGACAAGAGUUACCAGAUGAGGAAAACACCGAGCCAACAGCCUCUGCUAGGUUUACGACGGCCUCGUCGACAAAGAAACGCCCACCGCGAACUACGCCACUGCGUGUUUCGUUUGAAGAAAGUUGCGACUACUUGGCACAUUAUUGCUUAAAAGCCUAUAAUACCGGAAUACUCUGCGGCAGGACAUUGUAUUACACUUACCACACCUUCAAAAACUACUGUUUACUUGAUUACGUGAAUUGCAUGGAAAGAUACGAAGUAUGGCAAGUAGUCCACAUGGGGGAAUGUUUCAACGUUACUGAACUAUCUGAAUAUUUAGUGUACCCCUAUGAUGACGACUAUUUCCUAGAUCAGUACUACGUGCUGGAAGAUCACUGAAUAACAUAAAUUUAG